AUGGAUUUCCUCCGCUACUCAUUUGUUUCAAUUUUGUUCGGUGUACUGCUGAUCAAUGAAAUCAAAGCAGCGCGGAAAUGGGAGUACGAACCUUUAUCGGUCGCUGGCAUCUCUUCGGAUGACAGUUUAAUAAGUUUCGAUAUGAAAAUCGUUCGCAUAUCUCGCGGCGAAUAUGGAAUAUCAGCCACAGUCGUUUGGAACUACGAUACGACUGAGGAAACCAUGGUUGAGGCCGUUGUCUACCGAAGUUCUUCGGGAGAUGAGAGGGACUACAUGUUGCUCCCUUUUUCCAUUCCCAAGCAAUCCUUUUACGAUUACCUCAAUACCUACUAUAAGAAUGUGAUAAUGAAGAACUUUGGCCCCUGCUCCAACGUUCCGCAGUUCGAGGACAAAUUCCAACCUCCAUGGCCAAAGCAGACUUAUAAUGCAGAAAAAUGCGUUUUUAGUGGCGAGGGAUUGCCUGAAAUAAUAUUGCCCGGAUUCUACAAGAUUAUUUUCAAUUGCAGUGGACCGAACCAGCCGUCAUGGGCCUUUGUUGCUAUUCUUAAAAUGAGAAACAAAAUAUUCUGA